AGGGCUCCGGAUAUCUGUGGUGACUCCUUCACGCUAAGUGCAGCAGCAACAUGGAACAGCUGUUGCCACCAACGGCUCUGCUACUUCUAGUUUCAGCUGGCAUGCAAGCUGAAGAUCUCCCAAAGGCUGUGGUGCUCCUAGAUCCUCCAUGGGACUGGGUGCUCCAGGAAGACAGUGUGACUCUGAAGUGUCAGGGGGCCCAACACCCUGAAGACACUUCCACACAGUGGUUCCAUAAUGGAAACCUCAUCCCAAGCCAGGCCUCUAGCUACUUCAUUGAAAAAGCCAAAGAUAAAGACAGUGGAGAGUACAGGUGCCAGACCAACCUCUCCAUGCAAAGUGACGCUGUGCAUCUAGAAGUCCACACUGGCUGGUUGUUGCUCCAGACCCCUAAGCGGGUGUUCCAGCCCGGGGAGCCUCUUCGGCUGAGAUGCCACAGCUGGAAGAAUAAGCCUGUGCAUAAGGUCACAUAUUUACAAGAUGGCAGAGGCAAGAAGUAUUUUCAUCACAAUUCCGAGUUGUACAUUCCGAAGGCCACAUACAAGGACAGUGGCUCCUACUUCUGCCGGGGGCUUAUUGGGAAUCACAACCAAUCUUCAGAGUCUGUGAACAUCAUCAUUGAAGGUUCAGCAUUUCCAUCCACCUCCUCAGUUUUUCUACCUUGGCACCAAAUUGCUUUCUGCCUGAUGAUGGGACUCUUAUUUGCUGUAGACACAGGGCUAUAUUUUUCUGUGCGAAGAAACCUUCAAAGUUCAGGGGGAGACUGGACCAAACACAAAUUUAGAUGGAGCCGGGACCCUCAGGACAAAUGACCCAUGGGGUAAUAAGAGCACUGGCACAGCUUCUAUGAACCUCUCUGUGUACAGCAACCUCAUCAUCCCCAUCAGGCAUUUCUUUGAGCAGCAGAAAAAAAUACAACUCAGAGCCUGGGCCGAAGGCACUUCUCCCAACUCUCUGUUUCCUCCAGGUCUCUGGUGAAAAGGAAAGGCCAAAAGCAAUGCCCCAGUGAGAAGCUGGGGAAUUCUCUCAGGAACUGAGUGUAGGAGCUAUAUACUUUCUCUGGCUCAACCAUUCCCUCACAUACUCUGCAUAAUGAACCUUUAAACAUAAAAAUUGUUCCUGAAUAAAUGAAUAACUAGAUAAACUAUUAACAGUUGAGGAAGGGCCAGAAUGAUAGUGGUCUGGUUGCCUUCAGGGGAACCCCAAACUCCUUCCAGAUAAAGGGUGGGAACUCCUGGGGACCUAGGCAAUUCAAUAGACCUAAUGAAGGGGAUGGCUGAGAAAGAGCAGGGAAGUCCAGAAUAGACCAGGGGAGGUAUCCACAUCUGGACCCAGAGGUAAAAUUGCCGAAAGCAGGAGGCAUGUUGGAGUCAACAGGAAAUUAUAGCCAUGACAUCUGAGUUUUCCAGAGGAGUAUCUAUCAAAAUUGGAAUGGUUUAUGAAUAUAUGAUAAUGAACCCUUUUAAUGCAUGAGUAGGCAAUAAGCCUAGGAAGGGGGCUGAAGACUUGGGGGUGGGGUAGAGAGCUGAGGUUGAAAAAGAAAGCUUAGAUCAGACAGACUUGUGUUAUGCUAAGUGAAACAGAGACAGUUCACUCUCUGAGCUGAGAAAAGCAAGGCAACAAAGAGUCAAACACAAGUUCACAGGAAGGAAUGGUCAAGGAGUGAAGACACUUGUUGACCAAUGUAACGAGACAAGGAGGAGCAGGGACUUUAAAUACAGCUUUUCUGUUUCAAUAUCUAAUUCAGAUAUAACUUUGUUCCCAUUAUUCAUUGAACAAAUGUUGGAUAACCAACUCCAAAUGUCCUGAAUUCUACUGACUGAGUUAAAUUGUGAAACUUUGAAAUCUCUCAGCAUAACAGUUCCAAUGGGGUGGGGGCAGGGAAGGAAAACAUUGCUUAUGGAAGAAAGCUUUAACUAUCUCUUUCUGUUCUAGAUGUUUUUAACAAAACACUUUUGCUUUCAAUAAAACAUUUUACAAGAUCUUG